GCUGGAGUCUGCAGCCCAACGCGCUUCGAACUUCAGCGAAGCAGGGGAGAGCGCCAUCUUUGCCACCCGGCGCCCAGAGAAGAAGAGCGCGGAGAAGGCCAGCAUCUUGGACAUGACCCAACCACUUGCGAGGGAGCGCUCGGACGAGUCUUCGGAUCAGCUGCAGGCGCUGUUGGCUCAUUUGGGCGGGCGCCAAGCUCCGACCAGCCGCAAGGGCGAGACCGAUCUCUUCGAGCCGCUGAUGUCAGACGACUUGAAGCUGAGGCUGAAAUGCUUGAUGGACCAAGUAAAGGAGACGCUGCACUCCACAGCCACGCCCAACUUGGUGGAUUACCGGAACGAGACGAUGGACUACCGGCCCGGCGAGUACGCGCAGCACGACCAGGGCUACGACCAGGGCUACGACCAGGGCUAUGAGCAGCAGGGCCCGGAGCAGGGCUAUGAGAACAUGGACCAGGACCAGGGCUACAUUCAGUACGAGCAAGGCUUUGACAAUGCUGGCUAUGCGCAGCCAUGUGAGCAGCCCAUGGCGAACGGCAUGGACUAUGCACCGUACGAGCCUGUGAAUUAUGUCCAGUACUCGCAGCCGCAGCCGCAGCCGCAGCAAUACUCGCAGCCGCAGCAAUACUCGCAGCCGCAGCAAUACUCGCAGCCGCAGCACACCCCAGGCUACUGCCACGGCAGCGUGGCGCUGCCUCUCUCGCGGGAGCCCGACCGCUUCAGCGAGCCGAACCACGCAGCAUCGGAGUACGGCAUGUACCAGCCGGGGUCCAUGCAGGCGCCGGUGCCGGACUACUUCAUGGGCAGCCUGGACGGCGAGAACGGCGGCUUCGAGGGCGUCGGCGGCUACGAAGGCUACAUCGAUGUGCCUCAGGUUCCGUACACAGCAGUUAGCUUCGGUCCUCCCACGGUGGUGGGUGUGGGCGCGCCAGUUCUGCACUCGGUGACCACCAGGGUGGGCCGGCCCAUGUCCCCGGUGCGCGAGAGCUCGCCGGCGCGAGGGCGAGGCAUGUCCCCCGUGCGGGGCUCUUCACCCAUGCGCGGUGCCUCCGUGCAGUUCCCCUCCAGGCACAGAGAACUGUCGCCUUUGCGCUCCCGGAGCUCAGGCGAUCCCUUGAGCUUCAGCUUCCAGAUGCAGCCCAGCGUGAUGGUGAGCCCCGUGCCCGUGUCAGCCGUCACCGGAGGUAGCCACGUAGCAGCACCACUCCCGCAAGCCGUUGCACAGAAGAAAGUGGAGCAGGACGCCUCCAAAGAGAGUGAGGAGUCCGACUCCUCGGACGAGGAAGGGCCCAAGCAGGGUUUCAUCAGCUCAUUGUUUUCCAGAUCCACGUGAAGAUGGACUCACUCAAGAUGAGCCAUCUCGACUCCAGCCAGUGAAAUUCGAGCACAAAAGGUGCGGAGAGUGAAAUUCACCAAUGCCUCACUGGCGCUCGAAGCGCCGUGGAUUUCUGCAGCUAAUGGACUUACAGCAAUGUG